AUUCCAACAAAUAAUUAAAUAAAUAAUUUUUCUUUACAAGUGAAUAAAACAGAUCCAUAAAUUAAUUAAAUUUUUAGUGUAAUUUAAGUGCUAAUAAAUUUAAUUUAUUAACACUUAUCAAUUGUGUGUGAUGACCCUUUGGAUAAAACAAUUAGAGAAUGAUUCAGAGGCGAAGGAUCUGAAAUGAGAGAAAAUAAAAUAAAAGGUGGGUGAAAGUCAUCAUCAGCAAUAUCCACGUGACGAUUUUCGUCGGUGAUCUCAAUUUGCGGGAAAAUUAAAUUAUUAAUGCAGCCAAUGCCCAGCACUUGUGAGAAGCGCGUUAAUGGCGACAUCUACUACGCGAUAUCAGAACUUUUGAGCCGAUGGCGGCAGAUGCAGGCCCAAUAUUUGGAGGAGCAUCUUGGCGAUGAUCAUCGGGAUUGUUGGAUCCUUGGGAAAUUUUUGUUAGAGGAUAGUUGUAGGAUGUACUAUUUCAUAUAUUUGUACAUGAUGAUAUCUGCGAAGAUUUAUUCACGGUGUAAGCGCAAGAUAAAAAGUGAGGGAGGAUCGGCGAUAUUCGAGUGGAGGGAGAAGCCUUCAACGCUCUUGGAGUAUAUAUGCGUGAAGCAACUAGCUGAAUGGUACAGUUCAACAAGAGAUAAAAAGGACAAGACAGAGUUUGUUUCAUUGAUUGAUAAUUGAUCUAUUUAUUUUCACUACUACUUACGCUAUUGGGAAUUUUAAUUAGUGAAGUUUUAUUAUCACAUUUUUAGUGAUUGUGACUUAUUUUAUUUUUAUGUAUUUAUUUUCAUUUUCGUAAUAAUAGUAGACUAUUAUUUUUUUCUUCCUGGUGAACUAGUAAUUAUUUUGAGCCUAAAAAUGAAGAGUUUAAAUAAAUUUAAUUUUUUUACGGGUAUUAUUAUUGUCAUUAUUAUUUGCACUGUUGUUAUUGACGUGCAUGCAAAAUCUAUUGGAGGAGUUCUCAGUCGCCGCAAACGUGUAUCAGACCAACGUUUAGCUGAACUAGAAACUCUAUUAGCACUAGCUCGCAUGCGAGGAAAAUUAGUGACCGUUCCAGUGGGAUUUGGUCGGGUAGAUCCAGCUAAAAUCGGCCGCAGACGGAGAUCGAGCAUCGAUCAUGAUUUGCUAAAAUUGAAACGUAUUUUACAAGCUGUCGUCGAUGAUAAUUUCGGUACCGAGUCUGUUAGUGAAGAAAAUGAUGAAAUUUCUUCAUCACUGCAAUUUGGAGAUCCGCAUGAAGAUAUAGAGGAUUAAUUAAAUUAAUUUAUAAUUAAAUUAAAUAAAAUUAUUAAUAAUCGUCAUGUGUUAAAAAUAAUCAAACAAGAGGUGCAAAUAUCAACUGAUAAGCAGGAAUAAUUUAGUCUUUCCAGCCUAAACAGUAUUAACGGUCAAUUACCGUCUUCUGUACUUAUUAAUUAUUAAUUUUUUUUUUAUUGAGGCUUAGUAUUUAUAAAAAAAAAUUACCUCGUACUUAUUAAUUCCAUAAAAUAUCACGUAUAUAAUUAUUUAUUUAUAUUUAUUUUCUAGAAUAGAACAUUAGUCUAUUAAAUUAAUUUUAUUAAAUGACUGGAAAUUAAUAGACUAAAUUAAUCAAUUAUAUAAAUAAUAAUAUUAAUUGCAUAUCAAAUUAUUGUAUUUUAAUUUAUUUUUAAAAUUCAGAUAAAAGUAAUUUUAUUUUAUUGAUAAUCAUUUUUUUUUAUGAUGACAAUAGUAGCGGCGCUACUGCAUUAUAUAUUUUUGUAACGAUAAUUCGCGACGAAAAAUUAUGCAUUUUAUAGAAAAUUAAUUAAUUUAAUAUAUGGCAGAGGCUCAAGUUAAUUAAUUUU